AUGGCCAAAUGGGGUAGGCAGAAGCUGACUCUGAGUAUAGUCCUGCUAGGCCUAAUAGCCACUCCUGCGCUCGUGCAUGGAUCAUCUGACGUCAAAGAAGAAAGUGCGGAUGCAAAGUUUUUCCUGAAGUCUUACCAGACGACGACCGUCACGACGCUGAGCAUCGUGCUGACGACCGUGCCUUACUUCUGUGCAGUCACAUCGUUAACUGAGGGACAAGUACUUGAAGCCUGUACUGGGCGUCGCUUGAGGCGGAAGCGAAGGUUCAAUAUCCGAGAUAUUGACACAGACACAAAAGUGCGGCUGGAGGAGUCGAUGACGGAGGAUGUCCUGCCGACGGUGAAAGAGGACGGGAAUGAUAGGCUCUUCUUCACCCUGUGGCAGAGCACGACCACCACUCUCACCGUGACGUCGACCAGGACCAACACCAGCAUCACCAUUUCGGCUUCGGCCUUUUGCACCUUCGCUAAUUAUAAUGUUCCUCUGUGCUGAUGGGACAUUUGCAUAGUAGGUCCUGAGAGGCAGAAAAGAAUUCGCACGUUCAGUUUCCCUCUAUAGAUGUAUUUUGGAAUUGAGUAAGUUAGGUUAAGAAAGCUUAUAAAUAGUGUAAAUCAGUGUGUUUUUCU